AUUCUUGUCUGAGACAUUAUGAAUAGCGAGCGUUUGCCCGCCAUAGAACUUAUCAUUUCCUUGUUCCUAUUCAACUUUUCUGUCUCUUACUUGUACAUAUGCGUAUACCUCCUCCUCAAUCUUGAUUCAAUGACAGCUUGUAUUCGGCGUAAAGGAAUGUGGUCCUCGCAUGCCUCUCGUGAUUCCGAAAGCAAAAACCCUCCAUUUUAUUGCCGCAAAGAGAAAUCCCUUAGCGUCUUAUGCUCCAACUUCUUGAAGCAGUACAACAAAGACGGUGUUGACUCUAUUGGAGUAGAUCAUGCUGCCUUUCAAUUAGGUGUUGAGCGGAGGCGGAUUUAUGAUAUCGUCAAUAUACCAGAGAGUGUUGGGGUUUCGACUCUUGAGGGCAAAUGAGGAGGCUUGAUCAAAGUAGCCAAGUACUAUUGAGUAACGGAACCUAAAGCAAAUUCCAGCCACCGAGAGAGCCAUUAAUCCACACUGUUAGCUGGCUGAAAGUAAGCAAAUUCCUCCAUUUCACUCCUGUGGUGUUUCAUCUAUUUCUUGAAGAAGAGACUAAGAUUAAUUCCAGCAUAACAUGACAACAUUUCGUAAUAUCAAAAAACUUGUACCAUCCUGGAAAUUGUAAAGGAACUGAAAAUCGACACAUUGUAAGUAUGAUGAAUGCACUAAACAGCUAUCCGAGACAACCAAAAUUGAUGAGGAGUUAGGGUAAACUUUUCACUCUAUUGGCCCAACAUUGAAAAAGGUUUAUUUAACUACCUGUACACACCAUUUUCCAUGGUUUCUUUAAUAUUUCUCUUGGAGAAUUUGCCCACUUCAAUAUUCCAGUAUUGGCAUUCCUAAGGUUCAAUGUUCACCUAGGCCCUCUGAUGUUGACCCACAGAAUCAAGUGUAAUACAUAGGCAAAGAGUAUCCUAGUUAGCUGACCCCUAUCUUUCCUUUGAUUUAGUUAAUACUUUCAUUAACCAUACAUUUACAAUAAAUCGGACACCCUCAAGCAGCGUGUGGGGGCCACAAUUCAACUUGUCUUCCAUUAAGAUUUCACUUGUAAAUUAACCAAUUGACCCGCAAAAUUACACGUCUAAGAUACUGGUAAACUGAGACAGAAAAAAAAAAAAAGAUGAAGUAAUUUGAAUCGCAA